AUGUUGUCGGUUUGGGUGCUCGCGCUGUGCUCAUUGAUAUCGGUGGGGAUAUCAGAAGGGAAUGAAUAUCAGACAUCAAGUAGAGAAGCGGAAUUACAAGGGAGAGCUUCUACGCCGUCAUCGUCUGGACCUAGCUUCAACUAUUCAGAGACAAAUCCUGCACUUCAGCGAUAUCAAGACGCGUGGAAAUUUGUUACAAAGAAUCAAAGUUUCCUAAUGAAGUACAGAAACUUCAACACCAACCCGGAGGGUAAAAACACCACGAGUUGCGUUAAUGCGACCAUGAUAUAUAAGAACGAGACAACUCAUUAUGCGCUCCAUAAUGUCACCUAUCUCAAUACGACGAGUAACAUGACGUUUGCAUUCAACAAAUCUUAUACUGUCAUCAGCUCAAAGAAUUUUACCACAAGAAACGUUCUAAACGGAACAGUUGCAGGCACAAACCUAAGUGAGUUGUACCCAUUUGCAUUCGCUGACCGAAAUUGUGCUGUCAUACGGAAGGAUAGCUUGAGUAAUGCAACAUUCCAGGCCUGCGAACUGUGGGCGUAUGGAAGUGCCCUCAAUAAGGAUUUGAGCUGUUGUGACUUUGUAUUCGACCUCUUGUGUACACGUGGUUAUAAGCAAACAACGUAUGAUCCAGAACUCUGCAAGCCGAAGCACACUGUAGGGAAGGCUGCAGCUUGAGAAUCACCGACGAUCAAUG